UAUAGUUUAAUUAAUGUUUUAAGUAGAAGAUAAUAUUCUAUUAUUAUUAUCAUUAAGUUCUGGCACCUUUAAAAGUGCUUUAAUUCUAUAACAACCCUUUGUUAAUAAAUAAAUAAAUAUUAAAAGGGAUUGUUUUGUUUUGGCUAAAUAUGGUAUCGUUUGGCAACUCUCAUUAUGGCAGCGUCGCAUGAAAUAUCUAUGGGUGAAGAAAACAAUAACAUAACCUACUGAAAAUAUCUCGUGUUUUCUUAUUAAUUAAUCGUAAAAUAGAAAUAAGUAUUAAUUGCAAUUUAUUUAGAAAAAUGGCAGCGUUUUUUAGUAACGAAGCAGUUAGUUUAGAUAAAACAGUAAAUACCUCGAGUGUUCUAACAACAAAAUCUGACGAAAUAGAAUCAGUGUACGAUAUUGAAAAGUGUACUAAUUGGAUUAAAGAAAAUAAUUUCAAAAAUGUUUGUCUACAAUUUCCUGAUUUUCUGUUACCUGAUUCGGUACAAAUAAGUAUACUUUUGGAGUCCCUUCUAGGAGGGCAACGUGUUUAUAUAAUGGCUGAUACAGCUUAUGAAAGUUGUUGUAUUGAUUAUCUAACAGCUGCACAUGUAGAUGGGGAUGCAAUAAUCCAUUUCGGUCCUAUAUGUUUUUCUAAAGAAUCGGGUAAAGUGCCUUGUUUAAAAGUUUUCGAAAAAGGGAAACUUAAUGUAGAUGGUUUUGUGAAUGCUUUUGGUUCAUUCGAUAAUCAAAAUAAUGAGGAAGUAAUAAUCUUAAUGGACACUCCAUAUUUAAAUUAUUUAGAAGAAUUGCGUACAAACCUUAGCACUUUUAAAAAUGUUUCGGUUAGAGAUGUUACAGACUCUUCUUUAAGUUUAGGUUUACAGUGUACGAUAUUUGUUAGUAACAAUUUAAGAAAGGUAAACAUUCUUUCCCAAAGAUAUUCAGAGGCCAAACUUUACCACUGUAAUCCAGAGAACGAAAGUCCUUUGGAGAUAUUAAAUUUCCAACAGGAUUUGAGAGUUAUUAAAAGGCGUAAUUUUCUUUACGAAAAAAUCAAAGAUAGUAAAACUUUAGGAAUAAUCAUCGGAACUUUAGCAAUUAAAAAUUAUCUAAGUGUAAUUGACAGGGUUAAAAAGCUCCUAAAACUUAACAACAAGAAAUAUUAUCUAAUUAGUGUUGGGAGACCAACGGUUGCCAAAUUAGCAAACUUUCCAGAAAUUGAAGUUUACAUUUUAGUGAGUUGUUCUAUGAACGAGCUAUACGAAUCUCGUGAUUUUUAUCAGCCAAUAGUCACCCCCUACGACGUAGAAAUGGCGCUCAACCCCAACGCCAAACAGCUCCAGUUCUCUUACGAUUUUAAUACAUACUUUUCGGAAACAGAUUUGGAAAAUUUAAAUUUAAGAAAAGCAAACGAAGAUGCAGACGUAAGUUUAAUAACAGGUAAAGUUAGACAAUCUGUCACGCAAGAGGAGGACAGUGUUGAUUUGGAAGAACAAACUCAAGUCGCUUUGGGCAGUGACGGUACAGUUGCCCUUAAUACACAUUAUGGGGCGGGAUUUUUAGGUGCCAGAAGCUGGAAGGGGUUGGACCCCAAUUUAGGUAAAGAUGAACCAGCUGUGAUACAAGAAGGACGUAAGGGGGUGGCCAUGGCGUACGAAAAUGAACAAACGUAAUUUUGGGGAAAUGGUGAGCUUUCUAAGCUCAUCCAAAUGUAUCUUUUUAGCACAAUAAAUAAAUAAAUCUUA